AAAAUGGCGCUUCCCUCCUCUCCCCCUCCCCCGCGGGGAGCAGCACAACAACAGCCAACUGCCAGUUCCAACUGUCGCCCCGCCCCACGUGACUCGGCAGCCAGUUAGCCAGCAACGAAUUGCAGCGCUGGCCAAUGGAAGCGCGCGCCGCCUAGGCCGGCGGCUCGAGCGCCUUACGAGGGGGCGGGGAAGAGCGAAUAUGUGACUGAUGGUUUUGGAGGCCCAUCAGAACGCGGCGUCUGGCAAGCUUCCGCCCAAUGAGCCGGCGAAGGGGCGAGCCCGGAUAGCGGGGUGAUGUCACGUCUGUCGCCGCCCAAUCGGAGGCAAGCCGCUGUCUAUAUAAGGCCGACUGGGGACAGGCUGAAAGGCGCCAUUUCGCUGAAGCAGAGGAAGGAGCUGGUGGAGGAUUAGUCCGUGAAGGGGGCGGAUUCAAUCCAGAGCCAUCCUCCGCCGGGCAGCCCCCAGCCACCGCCUCCACACCACCUACGGGCUCGCAGGACCUCCCCGGCUUCCGUAGAGACCUCUGCCUGCGGCCUCGAGGGCCCUCGCAGAACGCCCCAUCCCCCUGGCAGCCAAGAUGGAGCCGGGCCAGUGAUCCCAGUACAAUCCAGUGCCAUCCGCCUCUCUGACGGGGACCAUCCUUCCGGGGACCGGCCUCUACGGGCAGAGGAGGCGCCGGGGGACCCAACGAGCCCUAUAUUGACCGGAUCCCGACAGGAUUUGGAGUCCGUCGGGGGCUCCGAAGAGGGGCCCCCCGCCCUGCACCCCCUUCCGUUCAGCCGCUGCCGCCAUUUUCUUUGCUUCCGUUCAUGUAAACCCGGUGAAUGGUGCUGGGUCCCCCGCCCCCCUUGCUGGUGCUGCUCGCCUCGCUGGAGACCAUCGGCCCCGCGGCUGUGCAUGGGCCCGGCACGCGGCCGCUGCUAGCCUGAGCCCCGGCGUCUGGUCCUAGCCCGCUGGGGGGAGGGGAGGGGGUGCCAGGCUCGUCCCCCUCCCCCAGCGCCUUCCCCCCGAGUGACGGGUGCGCUGGGGGGAGCCGCCGCCGUCGGUGAUGCUCAGCAGCGCCCAGCCCUGCUCCCAGCCGUGCGGGAACAGCAUGUGUCACUAGGGCUCCUCUCCCCCGCCCUGCGCCCGCAUCCUGGCAAAGUGGGGGGGUCAUCCCAGGACCCAGGCUCUGGAGGAGGAGGAGGAGGUGGACUCUUGGGGGAGAGACCCUGGAAAGCAGCCGCUGCAGGCAUGUUGCAGAAUGUGAAUCCCCACAACAAGAUUUUGGGGGAGGGCAGUACUGGGCUCAUGGGCCUGGCGACGGAGUCGACCCCAGGCAAGCGGAUCCGCAAGCCGUCACUGCUCUACGAGGGUUUCGAGAGCCCCACCAUGGCGUCAGUGCCAGCCCUGCACCUGCCUCAGGUGAACCCUCCACCACCGGAGGUGUCCAACCCAAAAAAGCCAGGCAGGGUCACCAACCAGCUGCAGUAUCUCCACAAGGUGGUGAUGAAGGCCCUGUGGAAACAUCAGUUUGCCUGGCCCUUUCGCCAGCCCGUCGAUGCUGUCAAGCUGGGCCUGCCGGAUUAUCACAAGAUCAUCAAGCAGCCCAUGGACAUGGGGACCAUCAAGCGGCGUCUGGAGAACAACUAUUACUGGGGGGCAGCGGAGUGCAUGCAGGACUUCAACACCAUGUUCACCAACUGCUACAUCUACAACAAGCCCACGGAUGACAUUGUGCUGAUGGCCCAGACCCUGGAGAAGAUUUUCCUGCAGAAAGUGGCUCAGAUGCCUGCAGAGGAGCAGGAGAUUGUCAUCACCGUGGCCAGGAACAGCCACAAGAAGGGGGCUUCCCGGGCGGCAGCUCUCCUGGCAGGAGCAGUCACCGCAGCUCACCAAGUGCCUGCAGUCUCCUCGGGCUCGCACGCCUCGCUCUACACCCCAAGCGCUGAGAUCCCCACCACUGUGCUCAGUAUCCCCCACCCCUCGGUGAUCUCGGCACCGCUUCUCAAAUCACUGCACUCCGCUUCCUGCCAGCCAGUGCUGGCUAUGCCCACUCCCACGCAGCCCGUGGCCAAGAAGAAGGGUGUGAAGCGAAAAGCAGACACCACCACCCCAACCCCCACCGCUAUCAUCGCCACUAGUGGGGAGUCAUCCCCAUCGGCCACCCUUCUGGAGCCCAAAGCGGCCAAGAUCCCCACCCGGCGGGAGAGCGGGCGCCCCAUCAAGCCCCCCAAGAAGGACCUGCCCGACUCGCAGCAGCACCAGACCUCCAAGAAGGGCAAGCUGUCCGAGCAGCUCAAGUAUUGCAAUGGCAUCCUCAAGGACCUGGUGUCCAAGAAGCACGCUGCCUAUGCCUGGCCCUUCUACAAGCCCGUCGACGCCUCGGCCCUGGGGCUGCACGACUACCAUGAGAUCAUCAAGUGCCCCAUGGACCUCAGCACCAUCAAACGGAAGAUGGAGAACCGGGAUUACCACGAUGCACAGGAAUUUGCUGCCGAUGUCCGGUUAAUGUUCUCCAACUGCUACAAGUACAACCCGCCUGACCACGACGUCGUGGCCAUGGCUCGCAAGCUGCAGGACGUGUUCGAGUUCAGCUAUGCCAAGAUGCCGGACGAGCCCCUGGACACUAACCCGCAGUCGGCUGGGCUGUCUGGAGCCCUCUCGAAAUCCUCCUCCGAGGAGUCGUCCAGCGACGACGAGGAUGAGGACGAAGAUGAGGAUGAGGAUGACGAAGAGAGCAGCAGCGAGAGUUCGUCAGAGAGUGAGGAGAGCUCCGACUCGGAGGAGGAGCGCGCUAACCGGCUGGCGGAGCUGCAGGAGCAGCUGCGGGCAGUGCAUGAGCAGCUGGCCGCGCUCUCGCAGAGCCCGGUCUCCAAGCCCAAAAAGAAGCGAGAGAGGAAGGAGAAGAAAAGGAAGAAGAAAUCGGAGAAGCACAAGGGCCGGGGAGGUGAUGAGGAGGCGCGGGCACGCCAGGCCCAGCUGAAGAAGGCCAAAAAAGCAGGGGGCAGCAGUGGAGGGACCAGCGGGAGCAGCAGCAGCAGCAUCACCAAGAAUUCCAGUAAGGUGUCGAAGGGGGCGUUGCCGGCACCCCCCAUGCUCUACGACUCAGAGGAGGAGGAGGAGAGCAAGCCCAUGACCUACGACGAGAAGCGCCAGCUCAGCCUGGACAUCAACAAGCUGCCGGGGGAGAAGCUGGGGCGGGUGGUCCACAUCAUCCAGUCGCGGGAGCCCUCGCUGCGCGACUCUAACCCCGAGGAGAUUGAGAUCGACUUCGAGACCCUCAAGCCCUCCACCCUGCGGGAGCUGGAGCGCUAUGUGCUGUCCUGCCUGCGCAAGAAGCCACGCAAGCCCUACAGCGAGACCAUGAAGAAGCCGGUGGGGAAGACGAAGGAGGAGCUGGCGCUAGAGAAGAAACGGGAGCUGGAGAAGCGGCUGCAGGACGUGAGCGGCCAGCUCAACUCCACCAAGAAGCCCCCCAAGAAGGCCAACGAGAAGCCGGAGUCUGCCCAGCAGGUGCCCGUGUCGCGGCUCAGUGCCAGCAGCUCCAGCUCCGACUCCAGCAGCAGCAGCUCCAGCUCCUCAUCCUCGGACACCAGCGACUCGGAUUCCGGCUAGAGCUGUGGCGGCGAUGGCAGUGGGCGGGCGGCAUCGUGGCCAGGUGGAAGUGUGGGCAGGUUCAGAAGAGGCUCUGCGGGACCGGACCCCAUGUGAACCGGACUGAGCAGCUCCACCCGGCGGGCAGCACCCCGAAGGCAAAGGAGGGCGCCAGUGACUGCCCCCUCACAGACAUGGGCACUGCCCCAGUGUUUACAGUUCAGAGGCCCCUGGGGGUUGUCGGCGCAGAGGCACCUGCCGGGCACAGCCUGUGCAGGCCCCGGCACGACCCCAGCCAGGUUUUACCGUUUGGUUUGGUUUGGUUCUGACGCAUGGGAGCUUUUCCCAGGGCAGAGUUUUUGGGUUUUAAAGGGUUUGGAAGUCUCCACGUUUGGAUUUGCUCUUGGGGGGUGGGGCUGGGGGUUUGAGGGGGCCUGGCCGGACAGAUGGAAGCUGCAGGCCCCUCACUUGCUCUGGGCUGCAUCGCUAGGCCCCCCCAUCUCACGUCCCGCCGGUGGCCUCGUCCCCUUCUCCGGGGAGGCUUUAUUUAUUUGAGCAGCGGUUGGGCCACAGGGCCCUGCAGAGAUGGGUGUCACCCGCCCGGCUCCAGGACUGCAGUAUACAGAGCCCGCGGGGCACAGCCUGGGCAGCAUGCUCCUUACUGGGGGGGGCGGGGGGGGGGGGCUGUUUUUUAUGUUGACUGUACAAUUGUUUUCUACUCCUUCCUUUUCCCUUCCCGGCCCCUGCCCGCCCCAUCAGACCCCGAGGGUGGGCUCAGCUGUUCCGACCUUUCCAGCCUGGAACAUGUAAAUAAAGAAAAUAUUAUUGGA